UCUAUAACCAUUAAAACAACUAUUUUCAUUCAAGAAAGAACUAUUAACUGACUUGUAUUAUAUUAAAAUGAACUUCCAAUAUUCACCACUGUUUGGUGGCAAGUAACCUUUCCUCUGAUGCAUAAUUUUUUGUCUGAUGUAUAGCUAGAAUGAUUUGACAGUAUUUUGUUUUUAUUCACAGUUAACCGAGUGAUUUGUUUCCAGCUGCUAACAACAGCCAUACUGUAUGGACAGCAUUAUGGAAAAGUUAGACCGUGUGGCCAAAGACAUCUUAACAGCUGCCAAUAUCGAUAUGGAGGCACUGAAGAUGCUUUCGAGAGAAGAGGUUCGCGACCUUUUCCCAGGGCCUGACCAUUUUUUGCGAAGAAAAUAUAUAUGGGAUCUGUGUCACCCUUUGGAAAAGGCCUCAUGCAGUUCUUCUGCUGCAUUCAUUGAGGUCGGCAACGGAAGAGAGUGUGCGGCCACUGGAACCAGCAGUGAGGGAAGUGACAGCAAAGAGGAGGAGAAGAGUGGGGGGGCUACAUACAGAACCCUUACAUUGCCAAGCCCUCAAUACAUGAUCUACACUGAUAGUGAAUUGGAGAAUGUGAAAUCUUACUUUUUUCAAUUGAAAAGACUUGGGAGAGGAGCAGAAUGUGAGCUGUCCAAAGAGCUAACAUGUAUACUGAUCCGUAAUACAAUAACCAAUAUGGUUUCAGCAGUGAGGGCAUUGAACUGUGAAGAGAAGCAGUAUCCAUCGAAGGAGGACCUCGUAGCCAUGGCCAAACGCCUGGUGAUCUACUAUCCCAUGCUCUCCGAUAAGCUCGACAUACAACCAAAUUGGCCUCUUUACAGAGCAAGCUCCAGCAGCACCCCCGAUGUUCACACUCUGCCCUCCACUUUCCCUGAGGUCCACUCCCCAUCAACAAGUACUCCAGUGGAAGAUGCAGCUGUUGGACACGACAGUAGGAUGGCUCAGGCCAGGCACUACAGACAUCUCCUAGAGAUGUGCCGGAAGAAUAAGCAAAACCAACACGAUGUCUCACAGCUCCUUGACCUUGAAUUUGAGGCAAGAAGGCAGUUCAUCGAUUCAGAGACUCUCAAGGAAGCCGACAGACCUGGCAAAAUCCUUGAGGCCUACUCAUGCUUCAAGAACAUAGACCAUGUUCUAGAGGAGCUGAGAAGAAUCGUGGCGAAGGACAACGUCCAUUAUGUGAAAGAGCUGAAGGAGCGUUGGGUAGACUACAGAACCAAACUCUCCUUUUAUGGCGUCUAUAAGAAGGUUCUGAAGCCACCGGUGGGACUUCCUGCUGAUGAGCAAGCCAUUGACCUGAUCAUCUCCCUGCCAGAUAUGUUUCCUUCUGGUUACCCCGCACCAAAGAAGAUGUCAUCUCCAUCAGAGGCACUCAUUCAUGUUCUGCAGCCCACAGAGGCCCCAGACAUCUAUCUGAGAAGACGGCCACUAGCCACACCGUUCAUCCUGGUAAGAGAGGAGGACUGCUUCCUCUGUGCCGGAAAUGCCCCUGUUGUGUCCUUUGGUAGGAGCAGUUUUGCUGAGUCGGUCCUGUACGUCAUGGCGUACUACUACACAUUUCACAUGACAUAUCCAAAAUGUGUGUCCUCGGUUCUGUUAUUCCUUCAGACUGAGGUCUUGGGUGAUGCGAUUCAUGAGAAAGACCAAACUGCAGCUUUUAAACGUGCCAAAGCUGACUGGCAGACCUUUCUCAAGUAGUGUGUAUGAGAGUUAAAUGCUCAAGUUUUUUGUUUGAAUAAUUAAGGGAAACAGAUGUGUGUGUUCAGGCCCUGUCUUGAUGUUGCAACAUCAUCAUCUCUUCAUUCUUAGGCCUGCCAGUAAGCCUUGGCACAUUGUUGU